AUGUCUUUUCGAAAAGCUGUGCGUUUGUUCAAGCCUGCGCAAGGGGUGUUCCGGGCGUCGGCUACUGGUCGGGACUACUCCGCGGUCGCAGAAGCCCGAGCGGUUCUGGAGGGCGAGCUGGAGUCCAUCCGUACAGCCGGGACGUGGAAGGGGGAGCGGGUGAUCACCUCCAAACAGGGGCCACACAUCCACGUGGGCGGCAGCCAAGACGGCAUAUUAAAUUUCUGCGCCAACAACUACCUGGGAUUGUCCAGUCACCCUGAGGUGGUGCAGGCCGGGGUGGAGGCCCUCAGUGCCUAUGGAGCAGGGCUAAGCUCUGUCCGGUUCAUCUGUGGCACACAGGACAUACACAAGGAUCUGGAGAAGAAACUGGCCCAGUUUCACGAAAGAGAGGACUGCAUCUUAUACGCUAGCUGUUUUGAUGCCAAUGCUGGGCUGUUUGAGGUGCUGCUGGGCCCAGAUGAUGCAGUCCUUUCUGAUGAACUAAACCACGCUUCCAUCAUUGACGGCAUCCGCCUGUGUAAAGCCAAGAGAAUGCGCUACAAACACAUGGACCUCAGCGAUCUGGAGAUCAAACUCAAGGAGGCUCAGUCAUCCCGUAUGCGUCUUGUUGUCACUGAUGGAGUCUUCUCCAUGGAUGGAGACGUGGCUCCAUUACAGGGAAUAUGCGACCUGGCCGAGCAGUAUGGAGCCAUGGUGUUUAUUGAUGAAUGUCACGCAACAGGGUUUUUAGGUCCAAGAGGCAGAGGAACAGAUGAGCUCCUGGGAGUGAUGGACAGAGUUCAGAUUGUAAACUCCACACUGGGAAAAGCACUUGGAGGAGCUGCAGGUGGUUAUACAGUUGGUCCGAAGCCUCUGAUUGAUCUCCUGAGACAGCGAUCCCGUCCGUACCUGUUCUCUAACUCCCUGCCUCCUCCUGUGGUGGGCUGUGCCGUGAAGGCUGUUGAGCUGCUGCUGGCCUCCAACGAGAUCUCGCAGAGUAUGACUGCCAAAACAAUGAGAUUCAGAAACAAGAUGACGGCGGCAGGCUUCACCAUCUCGGGCACAGCUCACCCCAUCUGUCCUGUGAUGCUCGGAGAUGCACGGCUGGCCUCUGUCAUGGCCGAUGACAUGCUCAAAUUAGGUGUGUAUGUGAUUGGAUUCUCAUACCCGGUUGUUCCAAAGGGAAAAGCCAGAAUCCGUGUCCAGAUAUCGGCGGCUCACACUGAUGACGACAUUGACCACUGCGUUGAUGCCUUUAUUCAAACUGGCAGAAAACAUGGAGUCCUUUCCUGA